AUGGACAAAGAACAAUUUGUUCAAAAGAAACUCAGUGAGAAGUUCUUGAAAAGCCCAAAGCUUCAGAAAAAUCACGACGAAGCUACAACCACAACCUAUAACCACCCACGACGGUUCUACAGCAACAUUCCAAUAGCAGUCGUACAUGAGGGAAGAACUCAUAAGUUCAUUAUUAAAAUUAUUUCUAAGAAUGAUGAAGGCAACUGCUAUGAAUGUACUGUUAAAAAUCAAAAGACAGAGACUAUAGUCAAUGUUGAACAAAGAAAGCUUGAAUUCGUUGAAAAACUAGAAUAUUUGGAAAUUACCGGGAAGGACGUAGAUGGUCUUCCAAUCGAAGAUACUGACGAUAAAUUUGGAACUGAAAAAGAUAAAGGAGUUCGGAAAUUGCUUAUUAGGUCAACUUCCAUUCAUAACGAAGGUGGAUACACUUGCAAAUUUUUGGAACAAGAAUGCAAAGCUGACAAUCCCCCAAAUUAUGAAUAUGGUUACAGAAUACAAGAGGAUAAAGUGACACAGGGCAAGGAUGAACAACGAGAUGGGAUUUAUGCAAAAGGACGAUACUAUGUAGAAAAUGGCACGGAAUCCAGCCAAGACGUGAAAUAUUUCGCUGAUGACUGGGGCUAUCACACAGUGGUAAAUUACACCAACACAGGACCCUAUAGCAAGAGCAAUACGAAUUUUGCUUUUGGCGAAGAAGCUUUAAAAUUGAAGAACAAUCAAAAAUCUAUUCCAAAUGAUCCGUCUGAUCCAGGCAGAACUAAACCCGAAAGUUCUAGUUCUACUCCACAACCAGUUUUGGACAACCAGCUAGAUCCAUCAACGGUUACAGUACCAACGCAGGACGCGCCUUUACACUCUUUACAAUUAAUUAACGAUCCUGGAAAUACUUUAGACAGUCAAAUAAUUCCUGAUCAACAACAGUUUUCACCAGGCGAUCCACAUUUCCAAUUUUUAACUCCUCCUUUUGAAUAUCAGCAAUUAAUUAAAGAUGAUCCUCAAACUAGUCAACAUCAACCAAUAUUCUUCUAUGUUCAGCCACAAGUUAGCUUAGAAACUCAAUUUUAUGGUCAAAAGCCAAAUCAACUAGUCCAGCUAUUGCAAAAUAAUCAAAACCCGCUGGAAACAGAAAACUUUGAACUUUUACCAAAACCUGAAGCCCUUAUAUCGCCUAAUUCUGUAGACGAAACGGCUCCCAAUCAAUUAGACUUCCAGAAUAAAGAAUAUGGUAGCAAGCUGAGCCCAAAGUAUACUCAGGUUAGCAAAUUGAUAGAAUCUACUAGAAAUUUGGUAUCAGGCGAUGAUGUUUUGAACAUUAAUGCGGCCAUAUCCCAGAACAGAAACGAAGAUAUUGAAUCUGGAACAAUUGCAAAUUUACUAAAAGAGUAUGUGACUCCAACAAUUUCAAAUAAUCACAUUGAUGUUGAAAUAAAUACAGUUUCUUCAACUACUCCUACUAACUUUCUGAAACAACCAAUCGUUGUGGCCGAAGAAUCGAAACCUGUUAAUGAAAAAACGGAGGAAAAUGAAAAUUUUAUUUCUAGUACUGCUAGAAGUACUAUUGCAUCAACUCAAAAAUCAGAUGAUAACGAAGUUUUGGUCACUCCAAGACCAUCAACAGUGAGUUCCCAAUUUCUAGCCCCCAUUACAGCUGGUGUGCAAUUGGAACAAAAUGUAGAAGAUUCAAAAACUGUUAAUAUUUAUGAACAAGAAAAUAAAUCUGUACAAGUACAAAAAACCAUCCCAUAUUAUUUGGGGAUGUAUGAGUAUCCUUCCGGAUUUGACAAUCAAAAAAAUACAAGUGAACAAAGGGCUAUUGAAAAUAUUGAACUAGGCAAAACGCUAUUGUAUUUUCCAGAACAAGAUUCCCCUAGAGCAGAAGCUUUGAUUGCACAACCACAAGUAACUAGCAACAAUUUAGUUGUACAACAACAAAAUGAAGCUGAACAACAACUACUAACUCAAGAAAUUAUUAACGAGCAAAAAAGCAACGGAAUAGAAGCUAAAGAUUAUAUCCAAGAAAGGCCUUCUUAUAGUCAUGAGCCAAAAACAAUCGAAAAAAUUGUCGAGAAACCUGUUCAUAUACCCGUAGAAGUUACCAAAUACGUUGAUCGGCCAUAUCCUGUAGAAGUUCCUGUUCCAGUUCCCCAACCUUAUCCCGUGGAAAAAAUCGUCCAUCAAAUUAUAAAAGAACCUUAUCCGGUUCACGUUAAAGUACCCGUACAAGUAGAAAAAAUAGUAGAACGGAAAAUUCCAGUGCCUUAUUAUGUGGAAAAGCCUCAAUAUGCCUAUCAACCGUUUCCACUCAGUUCACAAGCACUUCUAGUGCAAGUACCUGGAUUAUUCACCCAGCAAAAAUAUAGCAGUCUAGUACAAAAUUCUUAUGCUCCUCAAAAUAAUCAUUAUUUACCUUCAAACUAUCCAAAACAAAAUAGUUUUCAUUUUAAUAAUAAAGGCAGAGGAAAUAAUUAUAAACUAAAAAAAUUGAAUCUAUUGGUACUCCCAAGACAAAAUAUCCUGAACUUACCACCAAUAACAAAAAAUCCUCACGAUUUAGUGAGACAUUCCAAUGCCCAAUUAAACAACGGAUACUUGCCGCCUCAUUGUGAUCAUAGCAGCCACAACCUGGAAGCAUCCGCUAGCAUUGCCAAUGUCUACAAAGUCAAUAAACCUGAAGAUCAUAUUGGCUUGAUACCGCCGAAACGUCCAUUGUUCGAGGAAUCUCGCAAACACAGGCACGCGAGACAGUUUGACGAUAAAAGUAUUAGAUUGGAGUAUGGAUUUAUGCCUCCUUUAAUUCCAUCUUUGGAAAUUGAUGAGCUUGGGCAGCCGAUAGAAAAAAACUGAUGGAUUGGUAUUAAUUUUGCCAUUUUUGAUUGAAGAAUAAGGUGUUAUAUUAUUCAGGUGCUUUUUGUGCUACAUUGGUUACCGAAAAUACCUCUUUUUAUUGUAUAUUUAUUUAAUUUAUAUAAAUUCGAUUUUAAAAUAUAGGGCAGAUAUACUUAAUAAUGGCUGAAAUAGGCUCUAGGAUCGAUAAUGUUAAGACUUAUAUGUUAAUUUGUGAUUUUAUUGUGUAUGUAUUUCUAUUUUUUAUAAAGUUAUUAAUUAGUAGGUCUAAUUUGUAUUAUUUUGCCUUUCUUCUCCACUAAAGUGAAUUUGAUGCUGUGUUGCCAAUAUGUGUCAAAAAUAAUAUGUUUGGUACUAAACUUGGACUCAACUUCAAUAUGAGAUGUUUUUUUUAAUGUUGUUAGUAAGGUAAGUUUAUUAUUUAUUUGAAU